AUGACUCGCCCAUCAACCUGCUGCGGUCAAUCAACCACCGGCUGCGUCUGCGCCGCCCAAGCCCGCUGCGAAUGCGGCAAGACAACCGCUGAGCAUUGCGAUUGCAGCAAGAAAGCCGUCCAUGACCCGCAGAGCGAGGGUGCUCGAUGCUCUUGCCGGAUGAGACCUGCCGGUCAGUGUACGUGCGAGCGAUCCGUGACUGAGAAUCGCCCCGUAGAUGGAGAUGCGUGUGCGUGCGGACAGAGACCUGCUGGAUCAUGCACAUGCGAGAAAGUCGAGAAGGUCGAUGCCGCUGUUCAAGAAGGAUUGGAGACCGAUUUCACCACAAAAGCCUGA